UUCAUUGCAACUCUGACCUCAGCACCAACAUCUGCUUCCUGAAGCAAGAUGGCUAGGAUGGACAGAAAGCUCCAUUCUGGAAGGAAACAGUGUUUCAGGGCAAACUAAGUAUGCCAGAGACUCUCACACCAAACUCAAACUGGCACAGUGGUUCCACAAGGAGUCUGGACAAGUCUUAUCAUGUGGCUUUUCUGUGGCUUGAUCUCAUGUUUUCUCACAGGUGGAGUGGCCAUCCUGCCUGCCCCACAGAACUUAACUGUUCUGUCAACCAACAUGAAGCAUCUCUUGAUGUGGAGCCCAGUGGCCCAGCUCAGAGAGACAGUGUUCUAUUCUGUGGAGUACCAGGGGGAGUACGAGAGCCUGUACAUGAGCCACAUCUGGAUCCCCAGCAGCCAGUGCUCACCUACCAAAGGUCUGGAGUGUGAUGUCACCGAUGACAUCACUGCCACAGUACCAUAUAACUUCAGGGUCAGGGCCAUGCUGGGCUCGCAGACUUCAGCCUGGAGCACUCUGGAGCACCCCUUCAAUCGAAACUCAACUGUCCUCAUUCCGCCCAGGAUGGAGGUCACUGAACAUGGGUUGCAUCUGGUUAUUAAGCUGGAAGACCUGGGGCCCCAGUUUGAGUUCCCUGUGGUCUACUGGAGUCAGAAGCCUGGCACCAUGGAACAUGUUAAGGUGGUGAAGAGUGGGGACAGUCCAGUUCACCUAGAAACCAUGGAACCAGGGGCCGUGUACUGUGUGAAGGCGCGGGCUCUGGUGAAAGCCAUUGGGAGACACAGUGCCUUCAGCCAGACUCAGUGCGUGGAGAUGCAAGGAGAGGCUCUCCCGCUGGAGCUGGCUCUGUUCGCAUUUGUUGGCUUCAUGCUGGUUCUCAUGGUCGUCCUACUCUCCAUCUGGAAGAUGGGCCAACUACUCCGGUACUCCUGCUGCCCCACGGUAGUCCUUCCAGACACCUUGAAAAUAACCAGUUCAUCCCAGAAGCUGAUCAGCAGCAGAAAGGAAGAGGUGGACAUCUGUGCUGUGGCUGUGCUGUCCUCGGAGCAUCUUUUUGGGGUCUGGAUCUCACAGACUUGAGGAAGGGCCUGAUGGAUUAAGAACGUGGUCUGCAGGACCCAGAGCCCAGGAUGGGAGGGUUGCAUUUCUGGUUUCCUCUGUGGACAAAAGACA